AUGGUGGAACCCCUUGCCGAGAAUGACCAGAGAGAUGCCAUCAAGGCUCUGAUCCAGACGUACCUGUCCACCUUCCACGAGCUGGGCGUCCAGACGUGGCUGAUGCACGGGUCGCUGCUGGGUUGGUGGUGGGGGAAGAAGAUCAUGCCGUGGGAUCUAGACGCCGACGUCCAGAUCAGCGAGGCCGACAUGUACUACCUUGCCGCCUACCACAACAUGACGACCUACUACUACAAGUACGAGGGCGCGCCGGAAGGGCGCUUCUACCUCUUGGAUCUGAACCCCCAUUAUGUGCACCGCGGCACGGAUGAUGUCCUCAACGUCAUCGACGCCAGGUGGGUCGACACCUCGACCGGUCUGUAUAUCGACAUCACGGCUGCCCGGUAUAACAUCGACCAUCCCCGGGGGGAGGGUAUCCUGUAUGACAAGAACGGCCACGAGUACAGAGCAACUGCUGACCGCACGAUGACGCAGGACACGUAUCUGUAUCCGCUGCUGGAGACGACGUUUGAAGGUGCCCCGGUUAAUAUCCCCUUCUCGUACAAGAAAAUGCUCGAGUCUGAGUAUGGAAAGAAGGCCCUCCAGAACACCCACUUCCAUGCUCAUAUCUUUGAUGAGAAAAGGAUGGAAUGGAUCGUGGACCCAACUGCGGCAACAGAGGAGGAAAAACCGUAG